AUGUCUGGCGGUCUCGAAAAGGCUCUCUUCAACUUGAAGUUCACAGCAAAACAGCUGAACCGACAAGCAAUCAAAGCCGGCAAAGAUGAGAACUCCGAGAAGGCAAAAAUAAAGAAGGCAAUGCAACAAGGCAACAAUGACAUCGCAAAGGUCUACGCACAGAACGCCGUCCGCAAGCAGAACGAACGUCUAAACCUGCUCCGACUCGCCUCCCGUAUCGAUGCCGUCGCCAGCAGAGUUCAGACCGCCGUCACGAUGCGCCAGGUCACGGGCAGCAUGGCAAACGUCGUAAAGGGCAUGGACAGCGCAAUGAAGACCAUGAAUCUCGAGAAGAUAUCCCUGAUUAUGGAUAAAUUUGAAAACCAGUUUGAGGAUUUGGAGGUCGCUACCGGAUAUUAUGAGAACGCAACCUCCUCCGCUACGGCGGUGGCUACGCCGCAAGAGGAUGUGGAUCGCCUCAUGGGACAGGUCGCGGAUGAAGCUGAUUGGACCGACCGAGCAGGAAGAGGAUGGACUUGGCGAACGUCUAAGGGCUCUGAGGGGAUAGACAACAAGCUAGCUUUGGACAUGAUCCAGAUCAAUCCUGAGCGAAGCUUAAAAAAGAAUUUCAGGCAUUACGAUAAAACACUAGUGAAUAAUAUAUGA